UCUCUAGAAAUAUACAGAAUCUGUUAACAUCAUGCACUGUCGAUUAUUGUUUUUUUCCUCUAACGGUUGAUUUCAGUUGUUAUCUUCUGUUGAGGAAACAUAAUCUCUUAACCAUAAACACGUAUAAUCUUCCAACAACCAGAAACUAAACCGACUUCUUGCUGUAUAAAUUGCGAAUCAAAUUCAAAUUCAAAAUAAUCAAAAACAAAGAAACACAACAACAACAACAACAACAAUGGCUAGAUCAAUCUCUUUGUGUCUCUUCUUCUUCUUAUUCAUUUCUUGGAUUCCAAAGCUAACCACAAGCUACCCUCUCUCCACAAAAUCUAGAUGGAUCGUGGACGAGAAAGGCCAAAGGGUGAAGCUAGCCUGCGUGAACUGGCCCGCUCAUCUCCAGCCCGCGGUGGCUGAAGGGCUAAGCAAACAACCAUUAGACUCCAUCUCCAAGAAGAUUGUCUCAAUGGGAUUUAACUGUGUUAGGCUUACUUGGCCUCUUGAUUUGAUGACUAAUGACACGUUGGCUCGCAAUGUUACCGUCAAACAGUCUUUUGAAAGGUUGAAUUUGUUUGAUGAUGUUCUUGGCAUUCAAACUCACAAUCCCAAAAUCCUUAACCUUCCCAUAUUCAAUGCAUUCCAGGAAGUGGUGUCGAACCUUGGACAAAACGGUGUGAUGGUGAUACUAGACAACCACUUGACAACGCCAGGAUGGUGUUGCAGCGACAACGACCUGGACGCUUUCUUCGAAUACCCUAACUUUGAUCCCGCCGUCUGGGCCAAGGGAUUGAGCAAGAUGGCUUCUCUUUUCCGCAAUGUCACUAAUGUCGUUGGCAUGAGCCUUAGAAACGAACCACGUGGUACCAGAGAUUACCCUAACCUCUGGUUCAAGUACAUGCCAAAAGGAGGAGAAGCAGUACACGCAGCAAACCCUGAAGUACUAGUCAUCCUCUCCGGCAUCGACUACGACACAAACCUCUCUUUCCUCCGUGACCGUUUCUUCAACGUCAGCUUCACCGACAAGCUCGUCUUCGAGCAACAUUGGUACAGCUUCUCCGACGGUCGAGACUCGUGGGAAAAGCACAACUCUAACGAUUUUUGCGCAAAAAUCAUCGAGAAAGUCACACAUAACGGAGGAUUCUUGAUCGGGAGAGGUUUUCCUUUGUUCUUGACUGAGUUUGGGGCUAACCUGAGAAGCGGUGACGUUAGCGGAAACCGGUAUAUGAAUUGUUUGGUGGCUUGGGCCGCGGAGAAUGAUUUGGAUUGGGCGGUUUGGGCAUUAACCGGAGAUUAUUAUUUGAGAACCGGUCAAAAACAUAUGGUUGAGACUUUUGGUGUUUUGGCUCCUAAUUGGAAAGAUGUCGCCAACUCUACUUACCUGCAAAAACUCUCCGGAAUUCAACUUCCAGUUAGAGGACCCGGUUUACAAUCCAAAAAACUUCUCUUCCACCCAACAUCAGGACUUUGCGUCACCAGUAAUCUCUCAAACAAUUCACCUACACUUCGAUUGGAACAAUGCCGUAAAGCCGAGCCGUCGACCUUUAAUCCAAGUGAAGGUUUUCUCUGGAGUAACAAACUGUGCGUCGAGGCUCCAGAUGCUGUUGGACAGAAAGUGAAGCUUGGAGUUGGCACUAAGUGCUCUAAGUUGGGACAAACCUCAGCUACUCACAUGCAUUUGUCGUUUAAGACAACAAGUAACGGUUCGUUGCUAUGUCUUGAUGUGGAUGAACGUGACAACAGCAUCGUUGCUAACCCUUGCAAGUGUUUGACCAUGGAUGCUUCUUGUGAUCCAGCAAGCCAAUGGUUCAAAGUUCUUUAAAUUCUUUUUUAUAUGUUUUAUUUCGGAGAAAAUGCAUCUGUAAUCAAGACUACGUACGAUCGAUCAUGUUCAUAAUAAUAAUUUCUUGAGUUCAAAAAUCAAAAUUUAAUAAUUGAAAUUGUUGUGUCAAAAUACCUAAUGGCAGCUUAAUCAUCACAAUUUCAAAUAUAGAGAAAUGACAAUUGUAGUUAAGGAAAGGAAAAAAAAUCAUAAAAUUACCUCAACUAAAGUUUGUUAAGCUUUUUAAUACUUAAUUUUUUUUUGCUAUCCAGGUUAAAACAUGAACUAAAUAUUUUAUUUAUUUUAUAACGUUAACUUUUCGAACUUUUUAUAUUUUAAUACUCAAAUUUUUGCUUAUUUUAAAUAAAAUUUAUUUGUAAGUUUUAAAGAAUAAGUUUGACAUUUUAAAAUUUCAUCCACAAAAGUUACUUUCAUUCAUAUAUCUUUGAAACAGAAUUAGAAUUUUUAAGGAUUUGUGAAUUUUAUCGGUUAAUUCUGUUUUUUCGUUCGUUUUUGCAGUGAAUUUACAUAAACGUUCUUCCUUAACAUUGUGUUUCAAACAGAGCUCGAUUUUGCAGAGCUGUAAUGGAGCUUCAGAUUGUAGGACUUAUUCGCAUGCCUUCAAAAAGAUGUCCUGAUUAUGUAUGUGCAAAGGUUGGCUUUGGUUCUUAAGAAUAGUCUCAAUACUUCCAUUUGCUUACAUGAUGACUAGAUGACCCACAUGUACACGUGGGUUUUUCUAACAGAUGUGUUUGGAGUUUUUGAAUUGCUUUUCUUAUGUGGGUUCACAUAAUAUUAAACGUAGAAUUGAUAUGAGCACAGACGAGAUCUCAAUC